GCCAUUGACUGCAUCAGUAGCUUAGCUACCUAACUUCUAUUCAAAGGUCUUUUAUCUUCUAUAAUAAUUGCCGUCUUAAUCAUCGAGACAAUUCACAAUUAAGCGAAGUAGUUGAUCAAUUGCAAAUAUAACUGAUAAAUAGUGUAAUAGUGUGGGUCUAAAAGGACCGUGAGAGUCAGGAAAGAAGAGUGCAAGUGGUGUCUUGGGCUUCGCCCUCGAGCGUCAAUCAAUCAGUCAAUCAUAAAUAAUUCGUGAAGCACCAAAUGCAGACUUGGUUAGAGGUCCUUGGAAAUUAAAGUUACAGUCCAUAAGUGUCGAAAAGGAACUAUUUUUUUGGUCUUGUUGGAAUUUUGUUAAGACUGUUGUACAUUUUAUUUUUCUAUUCUCCCUCAGAAGACCCUUCCUUCCGUCGACAGUUUUGAUUAGCAUCAGGAUUUUGUGAAUGCAUGUUAUUUAUUCGUACUACAUGGAACAUUACCAAUAGCAACUCUUAAAGUGUUUCAGACAACAGUGAAUUAUUGUAUGUGUAUUUAACAAAUUUAAACAACAAGUAAAAGUUGUUUUGAAUAUUAGAUUCAUACAUCAGCAGUGAAAUCAAGUUAUAGUCCUUCAAGAUAUUGAACUUCAUUUUUAACAGAUUUAUUGAGUAAUUAUUUGUAAACAAUUGUGUGCUAAGAGUUGUGAAUUGAACACAUUGUCAUUACAGAACAGGACAGGACAUAAGGCUAAAAUGAAUCCAGGACAUUCUUUAGAAUUUCCUUUGAAAAGUGAAACUGAAGGUACAUUAUCACUACCUUCAAUAAAUCAAGAAAACAGCAACUUGGCUGCCCUUAGUGGAACCAGUGAUGAAGACUUUUUGUCUCUGGAUCCAUUGAUGGACAUCAAAAUAGAACCAGAGGAAUUCUAUAAGUCUAAUGAAGAUGAUGAAUAUUCAUAUGAAAUGAAUUCAACAGUGAGUGAAAAACAUCCACAAACUUGCAAAAAGGAAGUAAAACAAGAAAGAAGAAAUAGUCACAAUGGAGAGAAGCCUUUCAGAUCAACUGACUGUGGGAAAGCAUUUUAUAAGAAAAUUAAUCUUACAAAUGAUAUUACAAAUCCUACCAGAGAGAAAUUCAUGUGCAAUGAUUGUGGGAAAGCAUUUUCCCAGAAACAAAAUCUUCAACUUCAUAUGAGAAGCCAUACUGGAGAGAAGCCAUUCAUGUGCAACGAAUGUGGGAAAGCAUUUUCCCAGAAAUCAAAUCUUACACUUCAUAUGAGAUUGCAUACUGGAGAGAAGCCAUUCAUGUGCAAUGAAUGUGGGAAAGCAUUUUCCCAGAAAUCAAAUCUUACACUUCAUUUGAGAUUGCAUACUGGAGAGAAACCAUUUAUGUGCAAAGAAUGUGGGAAAUCAUUUUCCCAGAAAUCAAGUCUUACACAUCAUAUGAGAUUUCAUACUGGAGAGAAGCCAUACAUGUGCAACGAAUGUGGGAAAGCAUUUCCCCAGAAAUCAAAUCUUACAAGACAUAUGAGAAUCCAUACGGGAGAGAAGCCAUUCAUAUGCAAGGAAUGUGGGAAAGCAUUUUCCCGCGAACCAGAUCUUACACUUCAUAUGAGAUUGCAUACUGGAGAAAAGCCAUAUAUAUGCAAUGAAUGUGGGAAAUCAUUUUCCCAUAAAUCAAAUCUUACAAGACAUAUGAGAAUCCAUACGGGAGAGAAGCCAUUCAUAUGCAAGGAAUGUGGGAAAACAUUUUCACAGAAAUCAGAUAUUACAGUUCAUAUGAGAAUCCACACUGGAGAGAAACCAUUCAUGUGCAACGAAUGUGGGAAAGCAUUUUCCCAGAAACCAAAUCUUACACUUCAUAUGAGAUUGCAUACUGGAUAGAAACCAUUCAUGUCCAACGAAUGUGGGAAAGCAUUUUCCCAGAAACCAGAUCUUACACGUCAUAUGAGAUUGCAUACUGGAGAGAAGCCAUAUAUGUGCAAGGAAUGUGGGAAAGCAUUUUCCCACAAACAGAGUCUUACACGUCAUAUGAGGUUGCAUACUGGAGAGGAAUAAGAAACAUGAUAAAAUAAACCAGUUAAGGAAGAGAUCUCUAAAUGACCAAUUAUAUGAGAGAUCAAAAGCACUCACAAAAUCUGCUCAAGAAAAUAAGGUAAAUAACGAAAAAAUACAGAAUAGGAGAUGAACAAGUGAGUGGAAAACUGGCAGAACACCAAGCCAUCAUAAAGGCCCUAGCUUCACAAAUAGGAAACAAACAACAGAAGAUAAAAGUAAAACAGAUAAAUAGGCAGUUUGGAGAAAAUGACGAAAGAAACAGUGGAGGUAUGAUCACCUCCGAGCAAGGAAGACCUAGAGAGAUUUCGGAAGCCACUGUUUGAAGACCCUAGACAACACCAAGAGAAUUCAUGGAUUGACACUAUUAGGCAGAAGAACAGCCAGAAACAGCAAAUGCCACCAGUAAGGUUCACCAUCGAAAAAGUAACAAAGAAAAUAAAAGAAUAUAAUAAUUUCAAGAUAACAGUAAUAGCAAGACCCCAAUUUCUGGCUAAAAAGAUCACAGCACUACGUCACACUUAUGCACAAGCCUUCUCAAGAGUGGCUCAAGCAAGAAAUACCAACCUUCUCCUUAAAAGCUCAGAGACUGAGCUCCCAAACAAAUAUAGGCCCAUCUGCUGCCUUCCAACAACCUACAAAUGGCUCAAAGGAGUCAUAGCAGCUAAUAAGCAAAAUAAUAUUAGAAGAUUGUAAGAAAAGACAAAGGAAUCUUAAUAUGGCUUGGAUAGAUUACAAGAAGGCAUUUGACAUCGUGCCAUGCACCUGGAUAUUCAAAUGUAUGGAAUUAGACAACAUCAAUGAGGAAAUAAGAUCUUUCUUGGCAGCACAGAUGAGUAAGUGGAAGACCACUCUCUGUCUAAGGGGAAAGGAUUCCAGAAACUUUGGUGUAAAUAAAAAGAAGAAAUGAUCUCCAGUAUUCUCGCUGUCCUGUUCAUUGGUAAACUUAAGCUCACCAGGAAGGAGGACCAGAUAGUAAUUCCAGACAUAAAAAUCCAAAGAGGAAUAUUCCAGGGUGACGGCCUCUCACCACUUCUGUUCUGCUUGACCAUAGAUCUGCUUAGUAAAAUCUUGAACAACAUUAACACUAGCUAUGACCUAAGUAAAAGCAGAAGUAGGAAAGAGAAUAAAAGGGUGAACCACCUGCUCUUCAUGGAUGACCUGAAGUUGUUUGCAGACUCAGAAGAAAAAUUGGAAGAACAAGUUAGGACAGUCCACCAAUUUUCAAAUGGUACCUGCAUGGAAUUUGGGUUGGACAAGAGUGCCACGAGUACAAUAAAGAGAGGGAAGAGAGUAACAUCAGAAGUUAUAAAGGUAGAGGAAGGCAUAUCUGUUGAAGACCAGGCAGAGGAGUUCUUGGGAAUAGAAGAAAACACUGGUAUAGAACACAAGAAAGUGAGAGAAAAGAUAAAGAAAGAAUACAUCAGCCACUUAAAGAAUUAACACCAAAGAAUAAGAUCACUGUCAUAAACCAGCUGGCAAUACUAUUGGUGACAUAUGGUUUUGGCAUUGUAGAUUGGCCACAAGGUGAGUUAGACAGGAUGGAUAUUAAAAGAUUCUCACCCUACAUUAAGUCACAUACAGACACCAGUGUAUGGACAUAAUAUACCUCCCUCACAGAGAAGGUGGAUUAGGCCUGGCUGAGAUCAACCAGGCCUACAGAGCAGCAAUAAUAUGUCAAGGGUAGUACUUAAAAAGCUCUGAGGAUGAAAACAUCAAAAAGGUUGCCCAACACCAUAAUGGAGCCCUGAGCCAACUAACAUCAGUAACAAAACAGGCAAAGAAUUUCGCAGGAGAUCUGCUAGAAGACACAGAGGGUACUGAACAGACUCCAGCAAAAACGAUAGCCAGGAAGACCAAGCAGAAAUACAGUCACAGAGAGGAGAAACUUAGAAUGGAAAGGUAGAAAGACCAUGGAAGGGCAGGAAGAUUUCAAGACGAACUGGAAAAAGUUACAUAGAUAAAGAAGAGUCACUCAGAUGGAUAAGAAAUGGAGAUCGAGGUUAUGAUGGAGAAAGACUGAUAAUAGGAGCACAAGAUCAGGGCCUCCUGACAAACAGCUUCAAGAAAAUGGCGGGUAUAUCAGCAAAUGACCAGUGUAGGUUUGUCAGCCUGUCAAACCCUGCUUGCAGAUGGUCACUACACAGCCCGCCACAACAAGAUCUGUAAAUAUAUACAUUGGAAAAUAUGUAAAGAAUACAGAACUGAAGUGAAAGAAAAAGUGUGGGAGCAUGAACCACAUCCAAUCACCUCCAACAGGAAGAUAUAUAGAAGUAGGUGCUAUAAGACCUGCUAUUGUCAUCUGGAACAAUGAGGAAUAAACAGCAAAGAUUAUAAAUGUGACAGUACCCAGUGACAUUGGCCUCAAUAGAGCUUAAAGGCAUAAAAUAACAAAAUGCCAAGACCUGAAGAAUGACCUGAAAAGCACAUGGGAACUGAUGGAAAUAUAUAAAACAAUACCUUUGGUGGUAGGAGCAACAGGACUUAUAAAGAAAAACCGGAAAAAAAUAUCUUCAGGUUAUAUGAAAUUCCCCAGUAUAAAUGAGGUGCAGAUUGCUGCCCUCAAAGCAAUGGUAAACACCUUGAAACGAGCCCUUGGAUAUAAGGCUAGUGGAAUAUGAAGGUGCAAUCAUAGACCCCAGGCUGGAGCCCAUUGCACCCCUGAUAUAAAUUGAAAAUUAAGAAUAACAUAAGCCAGAGAGAAACCACAUUGUUGCUCUACAUGUCAAGGAAGUUUUUCUCAACCAAGUCCUCUUAAAAGACACGAGAAUUCACACUAGACAGAAACUGUUUACUUGAUCUCUGUCCAAGUAGUUUUUAUUACAUGAUUUUAUUUAACUUGACUCCUGCGUCUGUUUUGAAUGAAGGUGUCUCAAAAGGUAUGUGAAAACUCAUGCUAGAAAGAAGUCAUAUCCUGUAUCUGCAUUUGGUUUCCAAGAUUCUUUUUCAUUAGGUUUUUCAUUCGGUUCAUCUUAGAAUGAAUGUGUUAACUCAGAAGAAAGACGAUGUUGAAACAGUUUUUCUCUUGUAGAUUCAUAGCAUAUGUAAGCACUCAUGGAGGAUAGAUAUUGUUCUUUUACACUGCCUGUUGUACUUUUGUCUUGUAUUCUGCAAAUCACAGUCAUUGGUUCUGAAUGCCAGACUGUUUUUCAGGUGUCAAAAUGCACAAGCAAAGUCACUCAUCAGAGAGGAUGUUCAGUUGCCCUGACAGAUUUGUUAAUGUUUUGCACCCCAAAGUAAGUUGCACUUGAUGUUGAGAUAAUUAUUGUGAACUUGUCUGCAAAAUCUAUAGAAAAAAAGGCAACAGCAACCUAAGGGACGAUAAAAAGAAAAACCAUAUUUAUAUUUUUAUGAUCCAAUUCAUGACCAUCAUCAUUGCUGUUACUCAAAGAAGAAAAGGAGCAUCUGGAGGACAGUCUCACUGAAAAUGCAGAUGAAGGUUCUUCAUUUGCAGUGUCUUUAUUAAAAGUCAAGCCAGAGCCAAAGUAUUUUGGCCAGAGCAAAUUUGAUGCAAAAUGGUUGUGUAACCUUUAUGCAAAGGUAAAAUAAAUGACUGUUUUUUUUCUUUCAGUGGUUUUCGAUGAACACUGUACAGUGCUAGGUUAAGAAACUUUAAUUUGCCUUCUCCACUCUUCUUGUUCCUGUGUAUUUUUUGUACGAUUUCCAAAUAAAGAAUUAGUAUUGUCUUUGGCUGACACGAAGUUUUCUUCCUUUUGUUAUUCAGCAUUGUGCAUAUAUGCACUUGUAUAUGUAGUUGUAAGCUUGAAUAUUUCCGUGAAAUGUUAUUCUUAGUGGAAAUAGAAAGGAUUGAUAUCUUCAUCAAACUUCAAUGAAAUUUUUGUGCAUUUUUUAUAUGAUUAUUACUUUUAUAUGUUCUGGGUUUUAAUCUUCUACAAAGAUUGUGCUACAGCUUUUGUAAGUAAAUCAUAAUUCCUUGUAUCAGCUCACUAAAUACUACAGUGGACUGUGUAGUAUUUUGUUUUAGGUUAACCAGUCUGAAGUGAUGAAAACACUAGACUAGUUAUGUAAAUGACUAAAGUAAUGUGUUAUUCUGAAUCUAAA